AACCCAGAUUUUAAUUACUUUCAAAUGAAAUUAAUUAACAAAUUUUCUAUAAUAAUCUAUGAAUUUCACUAAAAAUCAAAUCACAGCUGUCGUACAGCAUCAAUGAGUCCCUGUGGAAGCUUCCUGACAACUGCAAUGUCCGGUGGAGCAAAUAUAAAUGCAAGAACUUCGCUUGUACCGAAAAGGGUUUCUUCAAAUGCGCCAAUUGCUUCAAUCUUUUAGAUCACGAAUUGCCCCGAUGGAUCAAGCAAGGGAAUCUGGACACAGAGACAAACCAAACAGUAGAUUUUCUUAUCCUUGACGUGCUAGAAAUCAAGCCAGGGAAAAUCAGAAUUGGGUUGGAUUUUAGCGUCGGAACAGGAACAUGGGUUGCAACAAUUGAUCUGCGAGCAUAAGAUCUGCAAGAGAAUCAACAACUGAUGAGAGCAAAGAUUUUAGAGAACCAUCCAACAUCGUUGGCAACCAUGCCGGAAAAAGUGGAGUAUGAUUUCUUACUACUGAUUUUGCUUGGGUCUUUAGACUAGAUGGAAAUCGAGGAAGGGGGCGAGAAAGAGAGGGGGAAUGAAAAAGAAGAAGCACAAGGAAGUAGGAGAUGGUUUGGAUCGUUGACGGAGGAGAUGGUUUGCAAUGAAGCCGGCAAGUCUGAGAAGGGUUGGAGAGAAGAAGAUGAUCAGGCGACGAUUGGAUUCCAAAUGCCCAAAUUCCACACCUGAUUUUGUGAGUCUCCUUCACAGCUGGAGAUCUUUGCUCUGUGAUCUGGGUUUUGAACACCUCCCUGACUACCUCGAUUUCCUUCGUGACUACGUCUCAAGGGGUUUCAUAGAUGGGUAAUCUGGGUGAAGACUGCAGUGUUAGAUCUCACCGAUUCAUGUGUUUACAGUAGGUGAUUUGUGCUGGAUAAGUGAGAGAUAAGUGUAUCAGAGAGAUUACCUAGUUUUAUUUUUUAAACCAAGCGUGUGUGAUGGAGGAUGUGGGUUCAGAGGGUAAUUGUAUCACCAUCCAAGCAUAAAGCGUAGCAAAGUUA